UUCUGCAAGAUUGUUUUAAGAAUUAAGUAUAAUGCCUACAUAGUUUCCCACCUAUUGUAGCUUAAUGAGUUGCACUGUUGAUGUUAUGAGUACUUCAUCUGUGCUCAUCGAUGGAUGAAACUGAAGACACCUGAAGAGAAAGGAAGAACAAGGAGAAAACCAAAAGCCAAGGCACCACCUCCUCCAGCUGAGACCAAGCAUCUUGAUGCCUCUUCAGAUGAUACUGUAGAAUCCUCUGCUUGCAUCAUGGAACAGAAAGAAAACACGAUAGAUAAAGACAUUGAACUGUUAGUGGUGCUACCUGGGGAUAUUAUCAAAUCUACUACUGUUCAUGGCAGUAAACCUAUGAUGGACUUGUUGAUAUUCCUCUGUGCACAGUAUCACUUAAAUCCAUCCAGUUACACAAUUGAUCUACAGUCAGCUGAAAAUAAUCCCAUUAAAUUUAAGCCAAACACACCAAUAGGAAUGUUGGAGGUGGAGAAAGUCAUUUUAAAGCCAAAAAUUUUGGAUAAGAAAAAACCUACACCUAUAAUACCAGAGAAAACUGUGAGAGUAGUGAUCAAUUUUAAGAAAACACAGAAGACAAUAGUGAGAGUUAGCCCACAUGCACCACUCCAAGAACUUGCCCCCAUUAUAUGCAGCAAAUGUGAGUUUGAUCCACUUCAUACACUGUUGUUGAAAGAUUAUCAAUCUCAGGAGCCCCUUGAUUUGACAAAAUCUCUUAACGACCUGGGACUAAGAGAAUUAUAUGCCAUGGAUGUCAGCAGAGCCACUUCUGUUACUGCCUUCAAUAAAUCAUCUUUACAAGAAUCCUGCCAAAUAUCACAAAACCUAGACAUUAUGAAGGAGAAGGAAAAUAAAGGGUUUUUCAGCUUUUUUCAGCGCAGUAAGAAAAAGCGGGAGCAGACUGCAAGUGCCCCUGCAACUCCUCUAGUGAGUAAGCAUCGCCCAACCUUUACAAGGUCCAAUACCAUUUCCAAGCCAUAUAUUUCAAACACACUGCCAUCGGAUGCACCCAAGAAGAGGCGAGCUCCACUGCCUCCAAUGCCAGGGUCUCAGAGCACCCCCCAGGACCUCGCUCACAUCCAGGAGAGGCCAGCUUCUUGUGUAGUGAAAUCCUUGAGUGUGGACGAAACAGAGAAGAAUCCCUGUGGAGCAGGCAUAGUGAGGACUGGCUCACUGCAGCUCAGUAGUACCGCUGUCAGCAGUUCAUCUUUGAAAAGGACAAAGCGAAAAGCACCUUCCCCACCCUCCAAAAUACCCCUGCAUCAAAGUGCUGAACAUAGUCGUGUGCUUGCCCUGCAGACAGGACAUACAGUUCCUACAGACGGUGUUUUGGAAGCAAACUCUCCCGAGGAGCUGGCCAGCCCAGAUUUUACUUCUUUGGCAGAAGCCUCCCUUGGCCCUGGGCUCCCCAGUCACGAGCAGUGCACUGUGCCCAAACUGCUGGAUGAAGCCCCUCUCUCCGAGGGCCCAGGAACACCUGAGGCAGCUGUAGCAUCUCUGACAACUGGAAUAAGCUCUGAUCAUAGCCUUGAAGAGAUAGAUGAAAAGGAAGAACUGAGUGAAGUGCCUAAAGAUGAGGCUGAAAACACUGCUCUGAAGUCACAAGACGUCCCUUUUGGAUCUACAGAUAUAAUAAAUACACUGAAAAAUGAUCCUGACUCAGCCCUUGGCAAUGUUACUGGAGAGUCCUCACAAAACUCCAAAGAAGAAAAACAAGAAGCUAGAAACACAGAUGGACAAGGACCACAUAUGAUGGUAUAUGAUGCAGGUAAUGGAGAGAGGGUAAUUGACCAUGUAAAAGACUUGAAGUCAUUGGGCACAAACCAGGAGAACGUAGAUCAAAAUGAAAUAAUUGUCAUUCCACCGAACACAGACCAUAUGAAAAAUGGAGUGAGGAGAACAGAAAUCGAUGUAGGAGGUGUUGCCGAAAAUAACAACGUGGACAUGGAAGUUGACAGACUAUCAAACCACCAGGCACAUAAAACUGAUACUGCUGAAAGUUAUAAGGAAAAUCAUCUGGCUGCUUCAUUAGGACAAGACCAAAAACUGAAUCAACUCAGUGAGGAAAAGACAAAAACGCAAGAUGCAGCCAUUCAGACAGUCCCUUCCGUUGACAGUUUUGAUGGGAACCACCAAGAUCAUGAUUUGUCUAACUUCAAAGUUAAUGAAAGCGUGCAGACUUCAAGUAACAAUAAACCAACUCAACACUCAUCUUUAAGUCCCCAAGAUUCUGUAGAUGCCUCAAGGAAUUUAAGAGGUCCGGGCCUCCUGACUGUACAGUCAGAUAAUCAACUCACCAUAGAAGAUCCAAUUUAUACACAUGGUGAUGAUGAUCUUUUGCCUUCUCUAGAUGGGAUUGAUAAAAAUUCAACUGUUUCUCAUAUAAAGAAUUAUCCACUUUAUAGACAAGACUAUGAUCCCAAGCCAAAACCUUCAAAUGAAAUCACAAGAGAGUACAUACCUAAAAUUGGAAUGACUACUUAUAAAAUAGUGCCUCCCAAAUCCUUGGAGAUACUGAAAAAUUGGGAAUCAGAAACCCCUGGGAAUAAGGAUGAUCAGGAGAUACAUACUUUAGGAAAAAAGCACAUUCACGAAAACGUGAAAGAAGCUGCCAUGCAAACCGAACUUGUUAUUUCUGAAAGCCCGAAGGAGCCACAGGCAGACCUUAAACUGAAACCUACCGCGGGAACAGAGCAUCAGGUGCCCAGCGUGGAGAGCUCGCCCCACGUCCCCCACGUCGCUGUGGGGAAGCCCAUGAAACCUACUCCCAGAAUGACAAAAGACACUGGCACAGCUCCUUUCGUGCCUAAUUUGGAAGACAUAAACCAUAUUUUGGAGUCAAAACUUAAAUCUCGGGUUUCAAAUCCCCAGACCAAACCAAGUUCUUUUUUCCUGCAGAUGCAAAAAAGAGUUUCAGGCCACUAUGUGACAUCUGCGGCUGCCAAGAGUGUCCAAGUGGCCCCCAACCCCGCUCCAAAAGAACUAGUAAAGAAAGAGGAGGAGAGGGAUGCGAUACCUCCUCCGGAGCAAACUCUUUCUCCCUUAAGCCAAGCAACUCCAUCCCUCCCACAGCCCCCUGUUAAAGACCCUGCCGGUGACCUCGGUGACCUCAGCAACGAGAAGCCUAUGGAAGCCUCUCCUCCUCCCAGCUCCCCUGCUCCUCUCCCUGCCAGUCAGUCAGCAGCGCUGAACCUGAAGACUCUGAAAACUUUCGGUGCCCCGAGACCUUACGCGAGCUCUGCUCCGUCACCCUUCGCCCUCGCCGUAGUGAAACGGUCACAGUCCCUCAGCAAGGUGCGCAGGGGGGCGGGCGGGGACGGUGCGGCCACCCCACCUCCAGCCGACACAGAAGGGCAGGCUCCGUCUGUAAAUCAGCUCGCGGGCAUCCCCCAGCUAUGCCUGAGUGAUAAGGGGAAUAACUCGGCACAUAAUGAGCAGAAUUCCCAAACACCAUCUCCAACGGGCUGCCCAUCAUUCAUUGUUAGGAGGCAAAGUUCCUUGACUUUGCAGGGCCCUGACCCGGAGCAGGCCCGACGGAGCUUGCUGACCGCCAUCCGCUCAGGGGAGGCCGCGGCCAGGCUGAAAAGGGUUACUGUUCCAUCAAAUACAAUAUCCGUGAACGGAAGGUCAAGACUCAGCCAUUCCAUGUCCUCUGAUGCCCAGGAUGGCCACUAAAUAUUGCCCUGUUACAAUGCACACUUCACCUCUGCUUCACAGAACAACUUCAUACUAAUGGAGAAUGUUGGCAAAUGUAUAUUCAGAUGUACACUAAUAUAUUGUCAAAGUGUAAGAAUAUGUGCUGUGGCUUUUAAUGCCAAAAGAAGAAUUACAGAAUUUAUAAGUUAUGAUAUUUUUUGGCCUUUUUUUUUUUUUUUUUUUUUUGCCUUAAAAGCUGAAUAUGCUGCUUUAGAACUUUAAGACAAGGUGUUAAUGACUUUCAUUUUUUUUUCAAAUGAGAAAUAGUCACCUUUUGUUGAUUUCACUUACUGACACAUUCUCUACAAUGGUGACUUCGACAAAAGGAUACAUGGAGGUUCGUAGACUUAUAUUUGUGUGACACAUAGCAAAUGUAGAUCUAACAUUUACUGCCUCAAUGUUACAGUUUAAUUGGAAAUGUUUAUAAGUUAUAUUAAAGUCUCUUUUGGCUGAAAGUAUGAUCUAGAGAACUAAUAUCAAACAAGUAUAUUCGGUUCAACGGUUAAUUAAAAUGAUGAAUCACUUAGUGUGCAAGUCUAAUCUUGUGUGUUCUUCAUGUAAUUACAAAAUCAAUGUCAAAUUUAUGGGAAGCUCAUAGUAUUUUAAUAUUUUAUUAACAUGGAACAUUUGUUUUUUUAAUCUUUAGAACUUAAAUUGCACACAAAACAUUUUAAAUAUUUUUUGUAUAUAAUCGUGACAUUUGUCGUCACACAGAUAUUACACAUUUAUGUGCCAGAAGCCUUAGAAAUCACCUUAUGAAAAUGUUGAUCUAUUGGGACAAUUUAUUUCACUUUUGAUAUGUAGUGAGGAAUAGGGGUUAGUCCAGGUCCAUACUGGAAAACUUCAAAGGCUAUUUGGAGGUUCCAGAAAUUCUGGUUUUAGUUAAAAUGAUAAAGUCAUUAUGUAGUUCAGAUGCUAAUGUUCUAAGUAAUAAUAUAUAUUUACAUUAAAGCUAAAACUGUUAAGCAAAACCAUGCCUAAUUUGUUGGUUUAUAACUGUACUGGGGUCUAGAGCUCAUUCAUGUUCUAGUCCUACUUUAAGAAUCUAAUAGCUCAUUUAUUCUAAAAGCUUGGUCAAACAAGUUGGUGUUAUGUUGGUUUUCACUAAAGCUCUUGGGGUAUCUGCCUCUUUGGAAAAUGUGUUGAUUUUUUCCCCCUCUGUUUAAUAAAAGCAAGUUAUAUAUUU